GCAGGUGGUCUUUCUCGGCGUAGUGAAGGGAAGGCGCAAUGGCGAGGAGCGCUAGGCCUCUGAGGAAAGCGCUAUGCGAUGCGUUCCAGUUCCCGCUCACCCUGGCACGGGAGCGGCAGGCCAAGCACACCGUAAGACAUCAGGAUUAGAAAGAAGGUGAAGUAGGAUGCCACAGUUACGCAACUAGUGGAGCUGCCUUCUAACAAUGCCAGAGACCCGGGUUCAAUCCUGAUGUUGAGUGCUUUCUGUGUGAAGUGUGCACAUUCUCCCCGUGACCGAAUGGGUGCUCCAGUUUCCUCUCGCAUCCUAAAGAUGUGCAGGUAUCUGGCUUCUUGUGGGAUUCUAAUGAACAGAGUUCCUAUGCUCAAGACACCAAGACAUUGCCAUGCACAACAAAGGAAUUUCUUCAACAUUGCUGGCCCCCUAAUAAACAAGAAGAAGGAGUAUUCUGAAAGACGAGUAAUAGGGUUUUCCAUGUUGGAAAUGUACAACGUUGUCUCCGGUGUUGCUGACUACAAACAUUUUGUACCCUGGUGCAAGAAAUCGGAUGUGAUAUCUAAACGUUCAGGAUAUGCCAAAGCUCAAUUAGAAGUAGGAUUUCCACCAAUAGUUGAACGGUAUACAUCAGUUGUGACCCUGGUACGACCACAUUUAGUUAAGGCCUCUUGUACAGAUGGGAGACUAUUUAAUCAUUUGGAGACAAAUUGGCGAUUCAGCCCUGGAGUUCCCGGAUAUCCAAGGACCUGCACUGUGGAUUUUUCGAUUUCUUUUGAAUUCCGUUCUUUGCUGCACUCUCAGCUUGCCACUGUGUUUUUUGACGAGGUUGUUAAACAGAUGGUAGCAGCAUUUGAAAGAAGAGCAAAAAAGCUGUAUGGUCCAGAAACCAACAUCCCACGAGAACUUAUGCUUCAUGAGGUGCAUCACACGUAAAUAAAAGCUGGAAGGAACCGUUGUAGGUCCCCUUCUUGAAAGUUGUAUAGAUUUAUUUAUUAGUGUGGCACAUUUCCACUUCUGCAAAUGUGGGGGUGACCUUCAUUACCUACUUGUAACACUUGAUUUUAUAAUAUAGCACUGUAACUUUAUUGGAAAGGUCUUUUGACAGUGUUACAAGCAAAACACAUAUAAGUAUACAUGUAUAUAAAGUGCAAAUUAUUCAGUUGUAACUAAAUGUAAUUUUUCCACAUGUGCAUUAUUAAGUUGGACUGACUGCAAUAAUUUGUGCAGAUUGAGAAGGCAGUCAUGUCGUGUGUUUGGCCAUGCGGGUAAUGUGAGUAGUGAAUUUAGUGUCAGACACUAACUCCUAUAUGUCUAAAUAUACACUAUAAAGGCAAACAAGUGAACAUAUUUUCAUAAGGAAUUUUUAAAAAAGUACCUUUAUUUAUCUUAAUCCUCAGCUGAGAUGGAGCCAUCAUAAUUUCAAUAGUUGUAAAAUGGAAAUCAAUGAUUUGUCAAAUCAUAAGGCAUCAAAUAAAUAUAUAAAUGGAAAAAAACCCUUUAUAACGGAGGCUUUCAUACUCCUGUCAAUUCUGGUGUAGCCAGCUGAGAAUUUGCUUUGCUCUGUAAGAAAGAGCAAAAAGCCUGUCAUAAUAUGUAGGUAUAAAAAGCCUCUUGCACUCCCAGUGAGAUUCAUAACUAGUUGAUUUAAAUAAUCAGCCUCAAUUCAACACAGUCACUCUAUUUUGAAGAGACUGACAAAAGUAAUUCCAAUGAUUCUCUUCGUGGUGUAAGGAGGGCAUACAGUGCCCUCCAUGUUUGGGACAAAUACCCAUCAUUUAUUUAUUUAUUUAGCCUCUGUACUCCACAAUGAGAUUUGUAAUAGAAAAAAAUCACGUGGUUAAAGUGCACAUUGUCAGAUUUUACGAAAAGGCCAUUUUUAUACAUUUUGGUUUCACCAUGAAGAAAUUACAGCAGUGUUUAUACAUAGUCCCCCCCCCCCAUUUCAGUGCACCAUAAUGUUUGGGACACAGCAAUGUCAUGUAAAUCAAAGUAGUCAUGUUUAGUAUUUUGCAAGCAAUUACUGCUUGAAAUCUGCGAUUCAUGGACAUCACCUGUUGCUGGGUGUCUUCUCUGGGGAUGCGCUGCCAGGCCUGUAUUGCAGCCAUCUUUAAAUUAUGCUUGUUUUGGGGGCUAGUCCCCUUCAUUUUCCCCUCAGCAUAUAAAGGUCAUGCUCAAUUGGGUUCAGAUCAGGUGAUUGACUUGGCCACUCAAGAAUUCACCAUUUUUUAGCUUUGAAAAACUCCUUUGUUGCUUUAGUAGUAUGUUUGGGGUCAUUGUCUUGCUGUGGAAUGAACCACCAGCCAAUGAGUUUUAAGGCAUUUGUUUGAACUUGAGCAGGUAGGAUGUGUCUAUGCACUUCAGAAUUCAUUAUACUACUACCAUCAUCAGUUGUAUCAUUAAUGAAGAUAAGUGAGCCAGUACCUUCAGCAGCCAUACAUGCCCAGGCCAUAACACCCCCACCACUGUUUCACAGGUGAAGUGGGAUGCUUUGGAUCUUGGGCAUUUCCUUCUAUCCUCCAUACUUUGCUCUUGCCAUCACUUUGAGAUAAAGUUAAUCUUUAUCUCAUCAAGCCCUUUUUCCAGAACUGUGUUUACUCUUUAAAGUACUUCUUGGCAAACUGUAACCUGGCCAUCUAUUUUUGCGGCUAACCAGUGGUUUGCAUCUUGCAGUGUGGCCUCUGUAUUUCUGUUCACAGAGUCUUCUGCGGACAGUGGUCAUUGACAAAUCCACACCUGCCUCCUGAAGAGUGUUUCUGAUCUUCCGGACCGGUGUUUGGGGAUUUUUUUUUAUUGAGAGAAUUCGUCUGUCAUCAGCUGUGGAGAUUUCCUUGCCCUGCCUGUCCCUUUGCGAUCAGUAAGCUCUCCUUCUUAACAAAAUGUUUCAAACAGUUGAUUUUGGUAAGCCUAAGGUUUAUGUUUUAUUCUUAUUUCUCAGUCUCAUAAUGGCUUCUUUGACUUUCAUUGGCAUGGCUUUAGUCCUCGUGUUGAUAAACAGCAAUAAGUUUCCAAAGAUGAUGGAAAGACUGGGUGCUAAGAGCUCACUUAUACCUGCAUUGAGGUACAUCUGAGCAAUUACAGAAGCCUGUGAAACCAUGUGUCCCAAACAUCAUUGUGCCCUGAAAUGGGGGGGGGGAACUAUGUAUAAACACCGCUGUCAUUUCUACAUGGUGAAGCAAAUGUAUAAAAAUAGCCUUUAAUAAAAUCUGACAACGUGCUCUUUAACCACAUUUGAUGGUGCAGUACAGAGGCAAAUAAAUAAUGGGUCUUUGUGCUAAAUAUUAUAGAGGGCACUUCAAAUAGUAAACUCAUUGAAACCAUGCAUGAUCUGUUCUGUAAAGUAUUUGUUAAUGUGUAGUUUUUAGAAUCAUGCUAAUGAAUCCAAUAAGAGUUGGGGGAUUCAAAUGGACAGGUAUAGUUAAUUCCCCCAGAAUGAAGUCACAGAACAUAAAGGUAACUAUCUGCUUUUAUUUUAAGGCAAUGUUACAUGAUAUUUUGUACUGUACUGGAUGGUAUAUAGAUCAGUUGUUUUUCACAGAAAACCUCCCUUGAUCAUUUGUUACCUGUGCCUUUAAAAAAUUGUCAGCACAAUACUGUUACAAUAAAAUCAAUAAGUAACAUCUUCACAUUCAGUACUUCCAGGAAUGUACAAAUGUUGAUUUUAUUCAGAAUACAAAAUAAAUUACAAUUCUUAGCACUGACAA